GAACGUAGGGUUUGCGCACGGGUAGCCCUUGUAGUCAUCCGUAAGAUUAACUACUCUGUAACCCUCGUAAAGGAAUCCCAAAUUCCACCAAUCGUGCCAACCUUCACAUAUGUCACAAUCCUCCUAUUCGCCCAGCUGGGUUACCCUUUUCGAUUAUCCAACGGCUCCAACGGUCCCCACAACCAGCCACACCGCUUGGCCCGCGAUUAACGGUCCUCUCUCUCUCUCUCAAAUUCAAGAAGGAGAAAAGCAACAACUCACGUCUUUGGAGAUCCUGAAGAGCAGAAGAAGAACGCGUCUUUGUGAGAUAAUAAUGCAAACCAAGGACAGCUAUAAGGCCAUCAAUCUUAGAAUCAUUGUAUCAACGGCUUUCUAGGGGGAACCCUCAAUUUUUUAUCCGUUGUUUCCUUUCUUAAGAUCCUCAAUUAGCUCCAUUUUUUUCUCCAACAUCACCAGUAGCCACCACAAGAUGCAAAUAUUAGGCCUAUAUGCCAACCGUUCUGGUAAGGAUUUUCCUUUUCUGUAACCUUCCUAAUACACAGUCUCUCUCUCUAUUUUGUUUCCCCUCAAUAGACUUAAAAAGCAUAUCUGCCUACCUCUCCAUCCCUUCCGUCUUCUUGGUUCUCCAAUUCCAACUAUACAUACAAGUAUAUAUAGAGAGGGGGAUAAAGGGUCUCAGCUCUUCUACUUCGCCGUCGUCUUCGUCUUCGUCUUCGUCUUCGUCUUCGUCUUCAUCUUUGUCAUCGAAGUCGUCGCCGCCGGCACCCACAUCCCACAUCGGACAUCCUACAUCCUACAUCCGCUAGCAAAUUCAAAGUCGCUUAUCAUGGAUCCGGCUGAGCUGAAGCGGGUAUUCCAAAUGUUCGACCGGAACGGAGAUGGCCGGAUUACGAAGAAGGAACUCAGCGACUCGCUACAAAAUUUGGGCAUCUUCAUCCCAGAUGAUGACCUGGUCCAGAUGAUCGAGAAGAUUGAUGUAAAUGGAGAUGGGUGUGUUGAUAUCGAUGAGUUCGGGGCAUUGUAUCAAACAAUAAUGGACGAGAGGGAUGAGGAAGAAGACAUGAGGGAAGCAUUCAACGUAUUCGAUCAAAAUGGGGAUGGGUUCAUUACUGUCGAAGAAUUGAGAUCGGUUCUGGCAUCCUUGGGACUCAAGCAAGGAAGAACCGUAGAGGACUGUAAGAGGAUGAUUAAAAAGGUUGAUGUUGAUGGGGAUGGCAUGGUUAACUACAAAGAGUUCAAACAGAUGAUGAGGGGAGGAGGUUUUGCUGCCUUGAGUUGAAACGAGGAUGGACUGCGCUAGGAAUAUAACUAUUUUUGUUGGUGUGAUUGAAAGGAGGUUGGUAGCUGGGGGCCGGAAAUGGGAGAGGGCUUUAAUUAGCCUCUAGAAAUGGGCAGCAGCAACAUUGGAUUCAAGAAUAGGAUAUGUUUGUUUCUUGGGAAUUUUUUUCUUACUCUAUUUUUUUUUGGGUGAUGGGGUAGAGGGGAGGGAACGUUUUAGUAAUAUUGAUUGAUUUAUCAUUUGGUAUUCUUAAUUUAAUUUGUUGAUCCGGGGUUGGAUCCUCCCUCCCAUUCCUUAAA